AAAUUUGUCAUGAUAAUGAAUUGCUUAUAGAAGUUCACUGGAAAUUUUGUUUGUAGGUAUGUUAUGGACUCCGGGACAGCUGCUCCUCUCGCUCUGUCCAUGCUUGAGGAAAUGCUUAAUUCUUCAAAAGCUGCUUGUAGGGUCCGCGCCUUUGAUUUAAUUCUGAACCUCGGGGUUCAUGCUCAUUUGUUGGAACCUGUGUUGAUCAAUGAUGCUUCUACCAUUGAAGAAGAGUAUUCACAAGAAUCUUGUUCUGACUGUGAAGAACAACUUCCAACACAGGGGAACCAAAAGGCAGAUUCUGUUAAUAAGUUGGGAACUUCAUCAGCAAUUAAUAACUUUGAAUCGUGGAUUUUAAAUAUUUUAUAUGAGAUACUUCUUCUUCUUGUCCAGACAGAGGAGAAGGAAGAAUCUGUUUGGGCUUCUGCUUUAAGCUGUUUACUUUAUUUUGUCUGUGAUAGAGGCAAAAUCUUGAGAAACCGAUUAGAAGGCCUUGACAUAAGGGUGAUUAAAGCCCUAAUAGAGACUAGCAGAAAGAAUUCUUGGGCAGAAUUGGUUCAUAGUAAGCUCGUUUGCAUGUUAACGAAUAUGUUUUAUCAAGUUCCUGAUGGGUCUAUGAUGAAUGUCGCAAUGAACCCAGUGUUUCUCAUAGACGAGCUUGACCUGAUUGGGGGAAUUGAAUUUAUUUUCCAUGAGUAUUCUCUUGCUAACUUAAGAGAAGAGAGGAGAAAUCUGUACUUGAUUCUUUUUGACUAUGUGUUGCAUCAAAUAAAUGAAGCAUGCGUAGCAGCUGGGGAAUCUGAAUUUAGUGAUGAUGAGAUUCAUUCUAUUGCAACUCUCCUCACUCUUGCGAAUGCACCUGAAGCCUUUUACAUUUCUGUUAAGCUGGGUUUGGAAGGCAUUGGGGAGCUUCUGAGAAGAUCAAUUUCUGGUGCGCUAUCUAGAUAUCCCAACAAUGAACGACUCAAUAUGCUCUUGGAGAAUGUAACAGAGAAAUUUAAUGCAAUAAUUAGUUCCUUUACUCAUUUGGACAAAGAGUUCUCUCAUCUGAUUGAAACAACCCAAUCUUACAAGUUUCUGGAAAGUGUAGAGAGUGCAGUUCCAAGAAAUGGUGUCGGCGUGAAAGCAAAACUGUCAUGGGCCACUUUGCAUUCUCUUCUUCACUCAGAAAGGAUUGCUUACCGUCAGAAUGGCUAUACCUGGUUGGGUGAUUUACUUAUUGCCGAGAUUACUGAGGGAAGGGAUGUGAAUGUAUGGUCAAAUGUUAAAGAAUUGCAGCGAAAAAUUGCCUAUGCUGGUGUACAUGAUUCUUCUGUUUCUUCAGAUGUUCCUUUAUCAAUUUGGCUUUUGUGCGGGCUUUUGAAGUCUAAACAUAAUAUCAUCAGAUGGGGCUUCUUGUUUGUUCUAGAGAGACUUCUCAUGCGAUGCAAAUUUUUGUUAGACAAGAAUGAAAUGCAACACCCAAGGAGCAGUAAUGCUAGUCAUGAGCAUGCAGAUAGCAGACUCGAGAAAGCAAAUGCUGUGAUAGAUAUUAUGAGCAGUGCUCUAUCCUUAGUGGCUCAAAUAAAUGAAACAGAUCGUAUCAACAUUUUGAAGAUGUGUGACAUAUUGUUCUCUCAAUUGUGCCUGAAAGUUCUCCCUGCAACUGCAAUCCCAAAUGGUGAAGGAAUGCAAAAAAGUAAAGUCUGUGGUGAAGCGGAUGAAAAUAAGAAAAAUGAUACAAGUGAUCGCACCUCUCAACUAAAUGACUUCCACUGGAAUGAAUUCUUGGAAGAAGCUGAUAGCAGAUCCAGAUCUAGCUACAGCAUCAAUAGUUCUCUGAUAUGCAAGACAGCAUCAAUGGCAGCAAUGCUUCUCCAAGGACAGGCUAUUGUUCCUAUGCAAUUAGUUGCACGUGUUCCUGCUGUGUUGUUGUAUUGGCCACUUAUUCAACUAGCUGGUGCAGCAACAGACAAUAUUGCGUUGGGGGUUGCUGUUGUAAGCAAAGGAAGAGGAAAUCUUCCUGGUGCAGCAUCGGAUAUCAGGGCAACUCUUCUAUUGCUUCUAAUCGGUAAAUGCACGGCAGAUCCUUCUGCUUUCCAGGAAGUUGGCGGAGAAGAGUUUUUUAGGGAACUUCUAGAUGAUACAGAUUCAAGGGUAGCGUAUUACUCUUCAGCUUUUCUUUUAAAGAGAAUGAUGACAGAAAAACCUGAUGAAUACAAGCACAUGCUUCAGAAUCUCAUCUUUAAAGCACAGCAGAGCAACAAUGAGAAGCUGUUGGAAAAUCCAUACCUUCAGGUGCGCGGCCUGCUUCAACUCUCAAAUGAUGGCUUGUAAUAUAGUGACUCUCAUAGACACUGCAAUGCUGUGUAGUUUGAAGUUCUUUACUCUUGUCAAACGUGAUCUUUCACUCACCCGGGGACAUUUGACAAAGUCUUGAAGGUCCAUAAUCAGAUCAUGCCUGGUCUUUUGCAAUAACACAGGUUGGUAUCUGUUAUAUGGAAAUACUUCAACUGGGCAAAAUAUUUGAUUAAAGUGGAGUAACAGGUUCCAGACCUCCUCCCUGACAUACCAAUGAAAUAAAUGAAAUAAAGGCUCAGGUUAACAGUGAAAUAAGAAAAAAAGGCUCAGGACACGAGGCGAAAGCUGAGAAAUCACUGUGGACCUUAUAUGGUCCAAGAUCAACUGCGUCUUCAAUUGUUGCACCAAUUCUCCUAAGAUGGAUAUGCAUUGAACAGACUGAAGAAUUUUUUGAUUGGUGUACCAAGUUGAAAUAUAUGCAGCAAGCACUAAAAGAUUGGCCAGUGUAAAAGAUGUUCAGGAACUUUUGGAGCAACCCUGUUCAAUGAUUCCAGUCAUUGGUUUUUUUGCCGCUAAAAUCUAACAGAGUUCAGAGGUUUAAAAUGUUAUCAGUAAUUGUGUGCAUAUUAUUUAGAGAAGGCUUUCAGGCAGCUUCAAAUCAAGUCUAAUUUCCUCAUUGUACAGAAUCAGGAUUCCUCUGGGCCUUUUUUUUUUGUUUUUGGUACCCGAGGCAGUAUUAAAAAUACAGGCUUCUUUUUUUAAACAGCCAACAUUCUUAUUAAAAACCUCCGAGUUCGUUUUUAACUCAUAAGAGGUUUAUCAAUUUUGUUGUGAAGAGACGCCCUGGAUUAUGCAUGCUCAGUGACCAGGACCUGAAGGUGCUAGCUGGCCUGGAUCACAAAGCUCUCCAGCUGCAUUGUUUAGGAAAUGUUGUGAUUUGGACAGUCUCCAGAGCGGGUUUCUUUGCAUGUGUUAUUGAUUUUUUUAUGUUGUAAAUGUGUAAUUUUUCUCUUUAUGGCGCGCCGCCUCCAACUUGGUGUGAUACUGUGAUCUUUGUAUAAUGGCGUUUGUGAAAUGUUCCUUUACUGAGUCUAUGGUGUGCGAGUUGAUUUAAAUAAAAAGAUUCAGUUCUCGGCUC